AUGGAAAUGACAACGAUGAUGUUUAAAUGGAGGCGUGCACUUUCUCGGGAAGGUAUUGCGUGCACGAACUUGCACUUUUCAGAAUUGCUCGAAUCAUCGUACUACGUAGAAGAAAUUGUACGACCGUAUUACAUCGUAGUGAUCCCUAAUUACAAUGCGAUGAAUGAGUUUACUUUAACAACAAGUACCUUUGACAUGUCUUUAGCUGUGUGGCUAGUGAUAUUCAUUUACAAAGGACAUAGUUCCGAUUAUUGUCACAAUCCACCAGGUAAUAUAUUUAAUUUAAGAUUCAACACUGAAAUGGUGGUACGUUGUGAUACAGAAAAUAUUUUACGAGAAUGGUAUUCGGUUGAUACGAACAUAAUCGAGAUUAAUAAUGUAGCAACGUGGAGCUUAGAGAAAGGAAUCAUUAAAUUAGUUCCAGAUUUUCUUUAUGAAAGAAGAUAUAAUUUACGGGGUUUAGUUAUGAGAGCUGUUGCACUCAAGGAUACAGCAUUCGUAAGAGUAAAGGAAGAUGGAGAUUUAGAUGGUUUAUUCGGUAAAAUAUUAAAAGAACUUUCUAUUACCCUUAAUUUUAGUUUGGAUAUUUUCUCAAAAGUGGAAGAGCAUGGAAGUUGGAAUCCAGGAAAAAAGUCAUGGUCUGGAGCAAUUGCAGAAGUAGAUGGUGGACGUGCUGACAUUGCUCUUGCAGAAUUUUCCAUUACCCAUGAGAGAUUAAAUUCCGUUGACUUCACAAUUCCUAUUUUCACUUCCAAAAAUUGUCUCUUCAUUCGGAAAUCAGAAAGACAUGCGAUUAAAUGGACAUCUUACUUUUCAGGUUUCACUAAUUCGGUUUGGGUUACUACAUUUGGAUUGUUAAUUGCUGCAUCGAUUUUAUUGAUUUUUAUCAAAAUAAAAACCUAUUCAGCGGCUUUGAUAAGCACUUUAACAACCGUUAUGCACAUCAUACCCUUUGAUUCAUUAGAGAGCUUGCUUCAAGAUGGUACAUAUCAACUUGCCGUUUUACGUGGUACAUCUGAUUAUGAUAAAUUUGCAAAUUCGAAUAAUUCGAUUGCAAAUAAAUUAAUGAAGUUGAUGCUAGAAGAGAAAAAAUUACCCUUAAAUGCUCUUCAGGGAUUUAGUAUGAUUUGUAAAAAUCCAAAAUUAGCUUUUUACACGUUUGACGAUAUGCAAAAGAGUAUAGGUAAUAAAAUACCAUGUAAUCUGAUAUGUGUUGAAACAGGAGAUGUGAACUAUCUUGCUAUAAUUUUAUCUAAGCAUAAUCCAUUCACCGACAUCAUCAAUUUUCAUUUGCAGAAAUUUGUCGGCAAUGGUGUGAUAAAUCGUUUAAAAGAAACGAUAUUUAUAAAGAAAUCCGAUGACAUGAUCAAGCAUCAACCGGUUCUCCUAACUGACGAUUUUAUGUAUGAAGCAAAGAAAUUAUUAGAAAUAUUGCAAUAA